AUGGCGUCCAAGAACGUCCUGAACUUGCAUAUAUGCAUCGUCGGUGCCGGCAUGGGCGGCCUUGCCACUGCGCUGGCAUUGGCGAAAGAAGGCUUCCAACACAUAGACGUCUAUGAAGGAGCCUCGACCCUCGGCUUCGUAGGUGCUGGCAUCCAGCUAGCACCGAAUAUGGCGCGUAUUCUGGAUCGGAUGGGCGUCUGGAAAGACAUUGAGCGAGAAGCAGUCGACCUUCAGGAUACCAGCAUAAGACAGGGCUCGACAGACCAGGAACUGGGACAUGUGGAUCUGAAGUACAUCCGUUCGACUUACGACUACCCACAUAUGGUAGGACAUCGAUCUUCGUUGGCAGGAUCGAUAUAUGAAGGGUGUAAGCGAGAAAAGACGAUCAAUUUCUUCUUCGCCACUGAGAUCGAGGUUGUCGAGUCAUACGGCCCUCGACCAUCAUUCAAAGCUCGGCCACGAAAAGGUGGCGAGCCCUAUGAUGUGCAGUGUGAUGUGCUCCUCGCAGCAGACGGCGUCAAAUCGACAAUACGAGAUCAAAUGCUUCGGUUGGCGAACAUAAGCGCCAAAAUUGUGGAUACUGGGCAAGCAGCUUAUCGAAUCAUGCUCAAACGGGAAGACAUGGCGAACGAUCCCGAACUACUAGAAUUGCUAGACAAGGAAUCCGUGACUCGUUGGAUUGGCGAGAAACGACAUAUCAUUGCAUAUCCAGUGUCAAAUAAGCAGAUCUACAACAUGAGUACAGUACAGCCCGACCUCAACUUCGCCGCUGCGCCAUCAGCAACAUACACAACGAAAGGCAGCAAGCCACAGAUGAUGGAAGUCUUUGGCGAUUUCUGUCCGAAGGUGAGAAGGAUGCUCGAUCUAGUGCCCGAUGGUGAAGUUUGUGAGUGGAAGCUACGAGUCCACGAGCCUCUACCUUUCUGGGUCUACGAUCAGACAGCUCUGGUGGGCGAUGCAUGCCAUCCAACACUUCCACAUCUGGCCCAGGGUGCGGCACAAGCCAUCGAAGACGGUGCGGUGAUCGCUGUGGUUCUGUCGAAGCUGCCGAACACUUCUCCCGAGGCCAUACAUAAGGCGCUGAAGGUCUAUGAGAAAGUUCGGAUGGAGCGAGCAUAUACUCUGGUUGAGCUUGCGGCAGCGUCAGGUCGGGCCAUGCAUCUAGGCGAGGGAGCGGCAAAGGAGGAGCGGGAUCGGCAGUUUGCUGCGCUCAAAGAUGGCAAAGGUCCUGUGCCAGAUAAGUGGGCGGAUGCCGAUGUACAAAAGAAGAUCUACGGUACAGAUGUGGUGAAGGUUGCGAAAGAGGAAUUCGGGGCUAUAUAUGCUAAGCUAUAG